AUGCAGCGCCAGCUAGAGGCGGGCGUGGCGGCGGAGGCGGCGGCGGACGCCACGCCGGCGGGCGUGGCGUCGGCGAAGGCGGCGGCGGAGGCUGCGCCGGCGGACGGUGCUUCCGCGACGACGUCCGGCGGGGAGGGCGGGAGAGAGGCUGUGCUGCGCGCCGGUUCGCGCGGCAGCCUCGAGUCGGCGGGCGAGGAGGUCGCUGUGCUGCUCUCGGGAGGCGUCGACUCGUCGGUGGCGCUGCGGCUGCUGCACGACGCGGGCGUGCGCACGCGCGCCUUCUACCUACGCAUCUGGCUCGAGGACGAGGACGCGCACGUCGCCUCGGGCGAGUGCCCGUGGGAGGAGGACUGGGCCUAUUGCACCGCCGUCUGCGAGCAGGCGGCCAACUCGCCACUGUACUCGUCGCUCGUCGUCGACUACCUCAUUUCCGAGGCGCGCGCCGGCCGCACGCCCAACCCGGACAUCAUGUGCAACUCGCGCGUCAAGUUCGGAGCCUUCAUGGACGCGGUCGGCACGCACUUCGCUUGCGUCGCGUCGGGGCACUACGCCCGCUGCGCACUACACGGCGAGCCGGGCUAUCACCACGCCUCGGGCGGCCACGACUCGCGCCUCGCUCGCGCCUCUCUCGCGCCGCCGCUGGCCUCGCCGCUGGCCUCGCCGCUGGCCUCGCCGCGUGCGGGCGGCGGGGCGGGCGGGCGGGCGGUGCUCUACCAGUCGGCAGACGCGCACAAGGACCAGACCUACUUUCUGUCUCAGCUGAGCCAGUCGCAGCUCGCAAAGACUCUCUUCCCGCUCGGCGCGCUGCCGAAGAGCGACGUGCGCCGGCUCGCACACGAGCGGAGGCUGCCGAACCGGGCGCGCAAGGACUCGCAGGGCAUCUGCUUCCUCGGCCAGCUCGACUACGACGCCUUCCUGCGCGGCCACUUGGGGGAGCGGCGGAGGGGGGACGUGCGCGAGUUCGAGACGGGCGAGAUCAUCGGCGAGCACCGCGGCCUCUGGUACCACACCGUCGGCCAGCGGCGCGGCAGAUGGCAAAUCUCCAGGGGGCCGUGGUACGUCGUGCGCAAGGAGAUGGACAGCAACGUCCUCUUCGUCUCCCGCGAGUAUGCCUCGGCCGACAAGCCGCGCAACGCCUUCCACGCCGACGCAAUCAACUGGAUCGGCGGCGCCCCGCCGCCCGCUGGCGCAGCCGGCGAGCCGACUCCGCUCCGCGUCAAGGUGAGGCACGGCGCCGCAUCGCACGAGGCGUCCGUUUCGCUCCUCGACGGAGGCGCCCGCGCGCACGUGUCGCUGGCGGGGCGCGACAAGGGGCUCGCGCCCGGCCAGUUUGCGGCCUUUUAUGACGGGCCUGUCUGCCUAGGGUCGGGGGUGAUUUCGGAGGAGGGGUUGUAG